UGUCGAUCAAAGAGUCGAGCUCUUAUUGUGAAAUCCAACUCGCUCAGCACAUCCCAUUUCCGGUUUAUGUAACGAGAAGAAACGAAAACAAACCCACACGCUGUUGCACCUCCACAGUUUGGAUCAGUCAUGCUGAAGGCCGUGGGACAAGCGCUGUUCUCCACCGGACUGCAGAACCCCAAAUACACCGCGGGGGACAAGAAGGAACAGGACUAUGAGGUCCGCACCUACCACGACACCAAGUGGGUGAGCACCGCUGUCAGUGGGAUGCAGUGGGACGAAUCCAUGAAGACGGGCUUCCGCAGGCUCUUCAAGUACAUCCAAGGCACCAAUCAAAACAACGUGAAAGUGGAGAUGACGGCCCCCGUGACGUGCCGCGUGGCCCCCGGAGCCGGCCCCGCAUGCGAAUCUCAGUUCACCGUGUCUUUCUACAUCCCCGAGGAGCAUCAGGAAAAUCCACCGGAGCCGAGCGACCCGGAGGUGUUUGUGGAGCACAGGAAGGAGUUCACGGCCUACGUCAGGACAUACGGUGGUUUUUCCACUGACAAUAUGAAGCGCGAAGAGCUCCUGAAGCUGAUGGAGAGUCUGCAGAGAGACGGACUCCAAUACGUCGACCAGCCGUUCUACACAGCCGGGUACGACAGCCCCUUCAAACUCACCAACCGCAGGAACGAGGUGUGGCUCCUUAAGAAGGAGCAGGAGUAGGAAGUUCAAGAAAAUGACAUGUUUAUAUGGGAACACUCAGCACAGCUGUAACCAAUUUAUAAAGGGAGUCAAAGUUAUUAAUUUUAUUGGUCAUAUUGUCUAAUACAUUAGUGUUUUACAAAAGGUUACUGAAUUACACUUUACUGAAAGGCUGCACAAAGAGACCAAAUAUGAUUAUAAACCAAUGAAAUAUUAAUACAUAAUAUAUAUAAUGGAUAUAGAGGGACAUUAUUACCAGCAGGGGGAGCCGACAGCUUUCUGUCGCCGGGUGCAUCUUUACAAAAACCACUAGUGCCUCUUUUUGAACUAAUCAGUUGUUGAAAAUACACUAAUUUGCUCAAUAUUACAAAUGUGAACCCAUCUUUUAACUUUGUUGGUCGCCUGCAAACUGGAGACAGAAGGUUUUGUCUCCUGCCGUGAGGGUUACUCACACUUAGUCAUUGCAACAACAACAACAAAAACAUUCCCCUGACGAAUGAAUGGUGGUGUAGUUCUGUAUCUACCCAGAAGUUGAAAUAUACCAAUAUUUGUGGUGCUUUGUGAAAUAAGAACGGAAACUUACAAGCUAACAAACAUUGUGCUUUUUUCUUUUACUGAGUUUACAUUCUUUUUAUACACAUAAUGUAAGAUGGCGCCGCUGCAGUGUGCUAACUUUGUUUUGGGACUUAACUAUUUUCCUGGAAUUUUUUUGUGUGUUCUUUCUUCUUUCAACGAUCCACUAAGCGACGGCCUGAUGGACCGUAACUUUUUUUUCCCUCUUGAGGGAUCAAUAAAGUAUCUACACUAAAUCACAAUAAUCGUAUUUAGAGAAUAUUUACACCUUGAAGGGACACUAUGGAUACUAGAUGAGGGGAUGAUGACAUAACCACUGCACUCAUGUAAGAUUCAUGGGAGAUUAGACUUCCUGCUGAAUGUUUAAGAACGAAAAAUGUACGAUCCUAUAAAUAAUAAACACACCUCAGCAUCGAA